AUGUUAGAUGAACCCAUGGACCCUGGUUAUAUAUGGCCACUGGUCUUGCUGGCCGACCUAUGUGCAUCGAGCCAAGCGAAGCUUAUUGGGCUUAUCCAGCAGACACUCAAGGACGACCUCGAACUUCGUUCUGACGACUACUUUGAGGCUGCUUCCCAAAAGGAUAUCACUGAAGUCAAGGUCCAUCCAUGGUCGCCACCUCGCCGGCUUCUCGAAUCUAUUGCUCGACAAGGACCAUGCCGAGAUAGCCAAAGCAACCUCCAUGCCCUCGCUGUGCUAGCAUACCGAUCCGGUCGACCAAGAAUCAUCGUAGCGGAUGAAGCGACUAAACGUCAACUAUUAGGAAAAUAUCUCCCCGAUGCUGACUUGAGACCAGGCGUCAUUUCAAUAAUCCUCUUAUCUACACGUUGUGAUAUCCAAUCAGGUGGAUUGUCUGUAUUCGCAAGACGUGCUAUUUGCUCCGCCCAAGAGAAUAUGUUCAAUCUCGACGACAUAGAUUACAUAUGGGAUGAUCCUGAUCCUCAACCAAGCGGGUUCAGAUCCGUCCACAAAGCUUGGGGACCUUUGUGGGCUCAUGCGAAAGGGUGGAGGGGAUUGACAAUUCAUGACCCCAAUCAAGAACCAUUCACGUCCAGAGCAGGAGAUAUAUCAGGAAGGGAGUAUUAUGCUAAUGCGGUGGUAACUGCUCUCGGUCGCCAUCUACCCACGGAGCUAGCAGUGCAAGUUUCCAAUAUACACAGCACUCCGAUCAGAAUGCCUGUGUGGAAACGUCGUCCAGGAAAUACGCAUCUAGUCAUCUUCCUCUUGUAUCAAACAACAGCACAAGAGUUCGAGAAGACACAACGAACUUUACAGCAGUCACUUCCGGCAAUGUUUCCCGCCGAGCAGGUGAAGAGAAGAAUGUCACAAGGGGAGUGGAUCUUUGAGACCAAGCCUUGGUAUACCGAGACUCCAGACAUGACCCUGGAGCUGAUCCCAUGGGACCGGCACCGCAUGAAGACCCGACUGGAUCUCAUGGAUUUCUGGGAUGAAUAUCGUCUUUGGGAUGCGGAACUAAGGACAAGACCUGGGAUCAUGCCUCUGAUAUUUCUGCGCAAGCCUUUGUCUGAUCUCGAUGAGCCACAGUUUAACGUUUUGACCAUCAAGUCUAUCUACCCCAGCCCGGUCAUAACGAGACAUAUGGUAUUUGGAGAUAUCUGCACGAACAUGGAAAGACUUGGCUGUGUUCAUGUUUAUGGAGGACCUUUUGAGUAUGGCCUCCGUAAAAAGGGCGCUGGAGAAGAAUUCUGGCACCCGGAACAACCGUUCUUCAUCAACCCGCGCCCGUGGUUACCUGUCAUCACCACAAGUUGGAUUCGAGUUGUCUUCUCCCUCACGAAUCAGUUGACCGAAGCCGGAAAACAGAGUCUGAAGAGGAUUAUGCUAGCAUUUGAUGAGUCGGAUGGAUCUGGAUCUGAGGCUGACUCCCAAAAUGAAGAAACACGGCCCGAAUAUUCACUCAUACAUUGGAAGGGUGACACAGACAUGGUUGAUGGAAAGGUGAAGGACAUCUGGGACAUUGUCCAAGAUCUUCACUUAUAUCCCAGGAUCAACGGCUGGGGCCCACUGUAUUUUGUUUGCGUCGAUCGACAGUUUGGAAUUGAUCAAACGGUCAUUCAGGUCGUAGCAGACAAGUGCAAGUCUGAACCGGGUCAUGAUUUACUUCACCACUUGCCUUUCUCGGGUUUGAGAGGGUUCAGAUAUAGACGUGUCCCGGCUGAUUUGGCAUACCAUGAGAAUAGCAACCAGGAGAUGGAUCAUGGAAAGCAUGGAUGGUCAAUUUACCGAAGAGAAGGUUGGCCGGCACUAGGAACGUUACCAGAUGACCUGCUGGAAGUCGAGGCGGAAUAUGUUGACGGGGAAACCUGCCCUUGA